CGCAAAUUUGGAUAUUCCGCGGUCGGUACUAGGGCCAUUCAGGAGAGAGUAUUUGGACACCCUAAGCGCUGGAAUGUGUUGCCGGCAUUGACAUCGACUGGUCUUGAGGCGCUGCGCAUCUUUCAUGGUUCAUUCAAUGCAGACCGUUUUGUUGAGUUCAUCAAGGAGGACCUCUUACCGAUCCUGCGACGAUUCCCUGGUCCCAAUAGCGUGGUUGUGCUUGAUAACUGUCGUAUCCACCGUGAUGCAAGGGUGUUUGAGUUGCUGGUUGAGAGG